AUGGAGUUGAGUAAUCACCAAAGAGUUUCUUGUCCAGGUAAUUUACUUAAGAUGGAUGCACAGAUUUGGUGGGAUGUAAUUAAACAGACCCGUGAUCUGAAUAACAUGACUUGGGAAGAGUUCUUCCAUGCUUUCAGUAAGAAGUAUUACAGUCCUACUGUGCUAGCAACUAAGGUUGACAAGUUUGUAACUCUGGUACAGGGGAACCUAUCUGUCACUUAUUAUGCACUGAAGUUCGAUCGAUUUGUUAAAUUUGCUCCUGAAAUGAUGCCAACUGAUGCAUUGCGAGUCCAAAGGUUCGUGAGGGGACUCAAGCCGAUGAUUUCCAGUGAUGUUAUGAUGACCAGUGCUGAAGUGGUCAAUUAUGCAGAAGUACUUGAUAGAGCACUUAAGAUCGAAUAUCUUGAAGAGCGAAUAAGGAAGGAUAAUGCUGCCAGAAGAGAGAACUAUUGGAACAAGGGAUUUAAUGAGGGUAACAAAAGAAAAGCAAAUGAAGGGUAG